UUGGGGAACAACUCCGACACUAAGUUCAAGUUAGAGGAUAGCAACCAAACGCUCAAGUUCCUUUCCGCAGACGUCGACUCUGAAGGAACAUACACUUGCGUGGUUUCGAACGGUGUGCGGAAUAUUAAUCGGAGUAUCAACUUGCGUAUCCAAGAGAAAAUAUGGCUCAACAAACCCAUUCCAUUGAAAUCGUCCAGCGGUGUGUGCAAGGAUCAGAUGGCCGUUCUUGGCGGAAACGCCUCCUUCUUCUGCCAGUUCAAGUAUCGAAACCCCGGGGGCUUCUUGCAGGAGAGUUGGAGGAAACUGAACCAGACAUACGGGGGAUUUCAACUGGUGGACUUUUAUGACAUCCCAGGCACGGAGUUCACGCAUGGGUACAGAAAAGAAGACGAAAAUGUCAUCCUAACUCAGAAAAACUGUCAAGAGAAGCCUUUCAUGAUUUUGUCUACAUGGCUGAACAUCACGAAUGUGACUGAAGAGGCUUUGGGGAGGUACCAGGUACAUUGUAAGAUCUCCGGGUUCUUAACGAAGGUCAACCUUACACUCUCGCUGGCGACCACAGAGGAACAUGUAGUCAAGGUCACGGACACAACCAGUGUGGUGGUCGUGGUUGCGACAUUGACCAUCCUCCUUUCCCUUGUCGUGUUGUCAUGGAAACGCUAUGGCACUGACGUCAAACUUUGGAAUCAUGACCAUCGCGCCACACUAGAAACAGAAGAGAUAGAUAACAAACUCUACGACGCAUACAUUAUUUCAUGUUAUGAAGGCCAGGAUAAAUCCUUUGUCGACAACAUUCUCUGCCCGAGUUUGCAGGACCAGUAUAAACUAUUCAUACGAGAAAGAGACGCAACAUUCGGCUCUGUUGAAAGUGAAGAAAUCGUGGAAGCGCUGACAAAAAGCCGCCGCUGCAUCGUGUUACUGUCAGCAGAUUUCUACCGGCAUUCAUCGUCCUCAUCAUCGCAAUCUACAUCAGGAAGGAUAGAAACUACAGCUGCACAACUGACUUCCUCGUCAUCAUCAUCGUCUUCUCCAUCAUCGCCAUCAUUUUCUGGGAACGAUCUUUCAGGAAACGAAUGGCAUUUGUUUGAACUCCAUCACGCGUUGGACACCAUGCACCCAAACGUCAUCCCUCUGCUCUACCGAGACUCCGGGCCAACCUCCUUGUCGAACACCGACUCGAAUGCCAAGCUGAUCGACCACGUGAUCAAGGAUGUCACAUGUUUAAAAUGGAAGCAGAAGGGCGAGACGUGUCUCGAUGAUUGGGCAAUGAAGCGGUUACGACUCCGACUACCACCGCGUCGACAAAGCAGUAAUUUACCGAUUGAACAAUCAGCGUAUAUUACGAUGCCGGUAAUGUCAGCCGCAACGCCGUCAAAUAUCUUGUAGAUAUAUGAGUGCGAGGUAUUGUGAAUGGAUAUUUGAAAGCGUGUUCACUCGUCACACAACAUA